GCUGAGCGCUUCUGUCAUAGGAGCCCAGGGGAAGCGCACAGAGGCGAACAUCCAAUGGACCAGUCUCAGCGAGUUCACUCACUGACUGGAUUCUGUCCGCGGCCGGAGCUCAUGGACUGAGGGGUCUCCUGCUGCGAUCCACGCCUGGUAGCGAAGAGUUACCUGGACGGUUUCUUUUAUCACGCAAAGAAAGACGCAGCGAUGUUUACUCCGCGUCGGAGUCACUAGAGCCGCAUCCUCCUGCGUCGCAUCCAGCCGUUCGCCCUUCCGGGAAGAUGCUUAGGAGUUACAGGAUGAAUUCAGCUUUCAUAGCAGUGUUCCUCGGAGUGGUUGGGGCUCUGGCCAAUAAAGAGGAUUGUUUCUCGGAACAGUAUACAACCAGUGGGGAAUGCUGCGAGCAAUGUCAGCCCGGAGAGGGUGUCGUCAGACCAUGUGGAGUCACGCAGACUGUCUGCUCGCCUUGCCUUGACAGUGAAACCUUCUCAGAAAACUUCAGUCACACGGAGAAAUGUCAGACCUGCACACAGUGCACAGGUCUCCUCCGCAUGGAGACACCCUGCACAGACGCCAACGACGCCACCUGUGUGUGCAACUACGGCUACUACCUGAACGUGUUGUCCCAGCGGUGUGAGCCCUGCACCAAAUGCCCCGAGGGCCAUGGCAUGCUGCUCAGCUGUGAGCAGGACCACGACACUAUAUGUGAACUGUGCCUCGUGGACACAUACUCGGACCAGGAAAGUUCUCGAGACCCCUGCAUCCCCUGCACCACCUGUGAUGACGUAGAGGUGUUAGAGGCCUGCACGCCUGUCAGUGAUACAGUUUGUCAAGUUCCAUUCUCUUCGGUGUCUCCCACCACCUUUAUCGGAGAAUCCAUGCCCACCUAUGACAACUUUCCAGAUGAGCCUCCACCAGAGGGCCCAACCGACAGGACCACCACCACCACCACUAAUGGCGAUUCCCAGGAGCGGAUCUACCAGGGUCUGAACGACAAGCUCAUCCCCAUCUACUGCUCCAUCCUCGCAGCUGUCGUGGUCGGAAUUGUGGCCUUCGUCAUCUUCAAGAAGUGGAACAGCUGUAAGCAGAACAAGCAAGGAGCCAACAACUGCACAGCCAACCAGAACCAGACGCCAUCCCCUGAGGGGGAGAAGCUGCACAGCGACAGUGGCAUUUCUGUGGACACCCAGAGUCUGCAGGAGCAGCAGGGCCAGACUCAGGCACAGACAGUUGUCACCAUGGACGAAGAGCCCUGUUUGCUCCUUCCUCUUCACACCAGGGAGAAAGUGGAAAAGCUGCUGUUCGCGGGCAGUGAAGGGGACAACUGCAACCACAUGGACGACAGCGACUGGUGCAACCUGGCGGGCCUCCUGGGAUACGAGGAGGAGCGGAUUGCGACCUUCCGGCAGGAGGAGCAUCCUGUCCGCGCACUCCUGUCUGACUGGGCGAGCAAGGACUGCGCCAGCAUCGACGCGCUGUGCACUGCACUGCGCAAGAUCAACCGUGACGACAUUGCCCAGAGUUUGGUGCUCAGCCCGAGUGCUGAAAAGCCGACCGCCACUUCUGUGGUGUGAUUGACUGGGAGCGAAGCAACCGAACCUUAACCUGAAUAUUCUUCCCUGGCCUCUCUCAAUCCAGAUUAUUCAUGCUAGAGCCGCUUUUAGCUUCUCCAUCACAUUGCCAGCACUCAUGGUGAUGAUCUAAUUCCGUGAAUCGUGUCAUCUUUAGUCCAGUAUUAGGAGGCCUGAAAUCGGACAGGAACUGAGGUCAUAUUAAUGUACUCAGUCAAAUGAAUGCAAAAGAAACAAUACCUUUUCUGUUACCUGUCAGGAUGUGCCUAUAAUAAGUCAUUCUAAAAAAUGUUAUCAAAUCCACACAAGGAAGGGAAUCGUCGGUAAUCAUUCCAUUCUGAACCUGGAAUAUCCACCUGCCGCACUAUUUGAUAUUCAGACGACAGUUCUAUCUCACUUUAUUAACCAUGGAGCAGCAGUUGACCGACAACUGACAAUUAAUGUGGAUAUCUGGUUCCUGAUCCUCUGCAUCUAUAUGCUUCACUAUGGAACAAGAAUAGUCCGUGUGGCCCUUACUUAUAGCCUUCAUAAGCCAGUGUUGUACCUCUAAAUGUUACUUUUCAAAUCUAUGCUACCAAAGAGGAGUAAACGUCUCCAGACCAUACCUGACUAGCAACAUUACUUACAUGCCAUGUUAGGCUUUUCGAAUUUAAGUUGACAAAUGGCUUGCGCCUGUUACUGCUACCGGAUGAGGCCUGCAUACCACAGAGUAUCUGGAUCUUUGCAAAUAUGACAAUCUGAGGAAAUGCUUCAAAUAAGCCUGUUCCUCUUCAGGAAAAACGAAAGCCAAGUCCACCUACGUACUCUAAUUUUGAAUACUUCAUGUUAGAUUCGAGGCAUGGAGGUGCAGCACACGUGGAAUUAAUUUCAACUUUGGCUUUGUAAUAAGUGAAUUCUGCAGAAUUUCUUUUCCCCCAGCAAGUUAUAUAAGAGCUGCUGGCUGGACUUUGGCAACCUGGUGGUCCGUGGGGCAGGUCAUUGACUGAAGCAACAUGAGACUCCAGUGCUCAGGCCUAUCUUCUUAACACAGGAGCAACCUCCGAAGACUCCUUCAUACUGACCCAGGAAUUGGAAGGACGUGGUACUUAAAACUCAAGUCACUCAAUACCACCAUGUAAACUGUGCGUAGAUAAAAAGAAAAGUGUGCACACCAGAUAGAGGCUUACACAUUUUGUACAUACAUACGGAGUAUGUAGAGUAGAGUAAACACAUAAAUCCCACAAUAUGUAACCACGCAUGCAUGUACUGUACAAACACACAGAUCGUGUAUGUAUCUCCACUCUUACUUAAUACAGAAUACACAGAAAAAUCCAGAUCCUGCCAUAUACUGUAUCAAGCACUCUCAUGAAGGGACCAUAGACUGUUUUAUCUCACUAUUAUUAGGAAAUAUAAGGUAACUCUGUGUCUUAAAGAUAAAUCUGAAAACAGCAUAAUUUGCAAUGUGUGCUAUAGGUGGUGACAUGCUGCAUUAACAGUAAAUAGCAUGCAGAAACUAGCAACUAGUGCACAAAACAGAUGCACAUAUAGUACAAAGUGACCAGGAUUCAUAGCAAAGAUUUCAGGGUUUUGCCUCAUUUCUCAGGGUAUCUUGAACACUUGUGUUACAUCAAUACUAUACUUAAUAGUCCACAUUCUACAAUUAAUUGAACAAUUGUAUAAUUGUUCAAGAGGAAACUGUGUGUUCAUCCAAAGCAGUGAUUCUAGCGACUGACAAUCCUUCAAACAGGUAAAUGAGAGAGAGAGAAAAGAAGAAGACGGGUGUCUUGUUUCCUCAUUGUUUGCAUCAAUGGCCUCUGGAUGAAAGACAAGUCAGCAGAGACACAAGUCAAAGGAAGUGGAAUGAAUUCAGAUCAAGGGGAGGCAGAAAAAAUUCUUGGAUCACUAAACAUAAAGGUGAAACCCAGGAAUCUGCAUUUGUAUUAAUCAGCUUGUUAAUCUCUAAGCACACCUUGCUCUCGUCUUGGCAUUAUGAGCUUUUGACAGUGUGUUGUACCCAUUUAGCUUAAAUGUUAGAAGCAUACUUCAACGUUUUCAUUAUGUUGAUGUAACUAUUGUGCUGCCGAUCCCAAGGACCUACUUUCCCCCCUUGUUGUUAUGUUUAGGGAACAUGUGAAGGAGCAAAUAAUAAUUUAAUAUUACUUCGCUAAACAUCCUUUAUCACCAACUUCAUCUGCUACUCUCGGGUACAGAUUGUACAUUGUUGUUACUAACCACUCACAUACUCAUCUUCAUGUUGUAGUGUUACUUUAAAUGAAGGUAUUCUGACUACUCUAUAAGGCUCAUUGUAUUUUUAAUUCCCAAAUAACACUUUUAAAUCAUACAAUGUUUUUCGUUUCGUCCUAAAUCGUAGCACUUAAAUGUGUAAUUAUCUACGUCUGUUUUGCAUCGCAAGUGCCUGGGAACCAUUUCAGGUGUCUGCUGGUGUUGUACAUUUUUUUGUUUUCAACUGUUUUUGUAAGUAUAUCUUCUUUAUUUGAUGUUUUCUUUUGAACUUGUAAAUAACUUUUUAUUAACUAGUUAUUAAAUUAACUAGUUUUAAAGGAAGCGCAAAAUGAAGGUACCUUGUGAGUUAUUCUAAUUAGCAAAUUAUUUUCCAUCAGGGGUAUUAAGGUCACGUGUCAGGAAGACUGGACAUGAGUAGGGAAUCGCAAAUUUGAAACACUUCUAAGUAUAUCAGAUGCACCGCAGUGAAUUUUUUUUUGCUCUGGUUAAUGAAUAUUAUUGGCCUUAAUAGGCAUAGGAAGGGAAACAUAAUUUAGUGUUGGGUCAAUAUCAUCCUUCACUCUGACGACCCUUUGUCCGGAUGUAGCUUAGUCAACACUACACUGUCUUUGUCCUGUUGUCGGAAACUGGGGAGGAAGAUAGAGCCUUUUCCUUGGACAUUUUUCAGUUUGUGUGAUAGAUAUUAGAGAUUUAAUUUAAUAACAACAGACAAAUAUUGAAUUUCUUGUACAAUAAAACCCAACUGAAAGUGAACAUGUCACAAUAUUGCACUUGACAGUAACAAAGAAUCAUGCAGAUGAUUGUGGCGGGAGGUUGGAGAAGGGGGUAAUAAAAGACUGUCUUUGGAAGAUCAUUUCUUUUUAAAAGCCCUUUUUAAAAGUACUGCAGCUCAUAGUGACAAGACUGAAUGGCAGUGUACCAGGACUGAAUUGUACAGAUGUGAGAAAUACUGAAUGUUCCUUGUAUACUGAUACAUAUAUUGUACUAUACUUAAUGUGAAUUUGCUAAAUUCCUACGGCAGGACAAGCAGUCAAACCACUAAUAAAGCUCUUAAAUCCA